UCGACAGUGCAAUCUAUUUUCACUGUCUUCGAUAUUCCUCUCUUUCAUGGCUCCUCUUCCUUUCUUAUCAGACCAAACCAAGUCGCAAACGCGUUUAUCUUCAGAUUCAAAGAAGAACAGAAACAAGAAAACAACUCCCCCGCCGCAUCAGACGCCAACCCUAAAGCAAACGCAAAAGCUGAAGCAGAAGACCAUAUCAUCAACGUCGUCUUCAUGGAGCCAGAUAAAGAACCUCCUGAGUUGCAAACAAAUCGAGGGUCCACGAGUGCAUGACCCAUCAAAGAUUACGUUAUCAUCUUGUGGCUCUUCUUUGUGUAAGUUCAGUGAUGUUAUUUAUGGGAAUGCCCGCGUGAUUCACCGCUCAGAUCACUCGCCGGAAAGCAGCAACCUUGGUCAAGAUGGGGGGUUGUUGAUCCGAAAACCUGCCACUCGUGGAUCUUCUUCUUCAGUUAGAUCUAACGGAUGUAGUGCUUACACAUCAUCAUCCAAAGCUAUGCACUUCAGAAAACUCUCAGGUUGCUAUGAGUGUCACAUGAUUGUUGAUCCCAGCAGGUAUCCAAUAUCACCAAGAAUAUUUGCAUGUCCACAGUGUGGGGAAGUUUUUCCUAAGCUUGAAACCUUGGAGAUCCAUCAAGCAGUUCGUCAUGCCGUGUCGGAGUUAGGGCCAGAGGAUUCAGGACGAAACAUAGUGGACAUCAUCUUCAAAUCUAGCUGGUUACGAAAGGACAGUCCAAUCUACAAUAUCGAACGUAUAUUAAAAGUCCACAACACACAGCGCACGAUCCAACGGUUUGAAGACUGUCGCGACGCAGUCAAGUCCCAUUCACAUGCCUCCACCAGAAAAGAGCCUCGAUCAGCAGCCGACGGCAACGAACUUCUCCGUUUCCACUGCACCACCGUUUCUUGCUCCCUCGGCUCCCGUGGUUCGACCUCCCUCUGCUCCAACAUCCCUGGCUGCCGCGUCUGUACCAUUAUCCGCCACGGCUUCCACGCCAAAACUCUGCGUUUAGGUGGUGGGUCCAAUGAGAUUAAGGGUGUGAGAACCACGGCGAGCAGCGGAAGAGCACAUGAUGCAUUGAGGUGCUUUGACCAACGGAGGGCGAUGCUUGUCUGCCGUGUGAUUGCCGGAAGAGUGAGGCGCGUGCAGAGCGACGCACCGGAAGAUGAAAACGAUUCUUGCUUGUAUGAUUCCGUAGCGGGGGCCGCUGGGGUCUACACAAAUCUAGACGACUUGGCUGUGUUAAAUCCCAAAGCCAUACUUCCUUGCUUUGUAGUAAUCUACAAAGUUUCCGAGCCUUGAAAAAGAGGGAUACUUUUAAACGAUUUGGAUUUGUAAGUUUUUUGUGUAAUAUGUGAAGCAACAUAAUGUAGUAUUUAGGGAUAAUAGCUAAUUAAUUGUGUAAAAUUAUGGUGUGGUGUGAAAGACUAGCGUCUCUUUUUCUUUUCA